AGACGAGCGGGAUGAACCAGACCCCCCUGUCCUCGGCACCCCGGGGCUGCAGCAUGAGGCUGGAUACCCCACGCCUCCUCCAUGCACUCUGCAUCCUCUCAGUGCUGGCCGGGCUUCUGCCCCACGGCACGGCCCAGUGGUUCUACCCACUGGGCUCUGAAGACACCACUCCAGAGCCCAGCACCAGCCCUGCAACCCCCACGCUGCCCACCCUGAGUGGGGAGGAAGACGCUGCUGACGCGGAGCCCACGAAGAAGCUGCCGCUGAGCAAACCCCCGUUGGGAACGGACUCGAGGAGACGGGAGCCCUCUGCCAGGACCAAGGGCCAGGGCCGUGCCCUGCUGCGCACGCGAGCCCAGCACAACCACCCCACGGCCACCCCACAGAUCUUUGAGGGCAGCGCAGAGGAAGAGGAGUUCCUGCAGAUCAAGACCACACCGAAGGGGCUGCCCCAGCGUGUGCCCAUGGCCCCCGGGCUGGAUGUGACUCUGCAGAUGCACAACGGCUCCAACUGCAUCUGCCCUGCGCGCCCCGGCCCUCCCGGCCCCAAGGGAGAAAAAGGCGACCGCGGUUUCCCCGGGGAGCGGGGCCAGCCAGGGCUGUCUGGGGAGAGAGGGAGGACAGGCAGCCCGGGGCCACCAGGUCACCAGGGGCCUCGGGGCCCCCCUGGACCACCGGGACCUCCAGGGCCACCGGGACCACCGGGUGCUGGGGGAGCCAGGAGUCCACCUGCACCUGCAGCGGUCUCCAAGGAAUCAGAGAGAGAGGCUACCCAGGUCAUGAAGGCACUCCAGGGCUCCCUGGGCGGGAGGGGCAGCCUGGCCCCCCUGGCCCACCAGGGGCCGUGGGACCACCUGGGUUCCCAGGGAGUGAAGGAGCUCCAGGAUCCCCAGGCCUGGCUGGGCCUGAUGGCCCCCCAGGGGCACCGGGACUCCCAGGCACACAGGGACCCCCUGGGGCACCUGGGCACGAAGGGCCCCCUGGCCCCCCGGGACCUGCGUCAUUCCCUGGCAAACCAGGGCUCCGAGGAGAGCCAGGAUUCCCAGGAUCAAAGGGUGAGAAGGGUGAGCAAGGACUGCCGGGCAUGCCAGGGAGCCCUGGCCGCACCGGGGAGAUGGGAGCCCCAGGGAUGCCCGGUCCUAUGGGACCACCGGGGCCACCGGGGGACUACAGGUGUGAACCACGCCAUGCUGGGCACCAUGGAGCCACUGGGCACCACGGAGCAGCUGGGCCACCGGGUCCCAAGGGUGAAAAGGGUGAUCCAGGAGAGCGGGGGUGCUGCUAUGGGGAGCCCGGCUGCAAACCAGGCCACCUCCCAUUCCCCAGCCCUGGCAGUCAGCCCAGCACCUGGUACCAACCGCACAGCAAGGAGGAGCCGGAUAUCUACGGAGCAAUCAUUCCCCACGGUCCCCGAGGUCCCCCCGGUCCGCCCGGUCCCCCAGGCCCCCCCGGAGCACCAGGACUCCUCUACCUCAAUCGGCUGCACCCCAUGCGCGGACAGCAGCCCUGCAAGCAGCCGGCAGCAGGCAGUGCAGCCUGGGCAGUGGCUUCUCCAGAUGCUGAUGUUCCCCGCCCAGAGCCGCUGGAGCCCAGUGCUGACCUCCGGCGCCAGACGUGGGUAUUCAGGUCUAAGGAGCUGA